AUGACAAAUUCGGUUACCAUCGCCCGCUGUGCAGUCCUGAUGAUGGAAUCCCCAUUGGAAAUCGAAAAAAAUUGCGUCGUGUCGUUUCAUUAUUCUCUAACUGAAAACGGCAACCCGCUGGAGAACUCCGACAACGGCGAUCCCAUGGCAUGCCUGAUCGGUGCAGGCAACAUUAUUCCCGGACUUGAACAAGCGAUGCUCGGGCACCGCAGCGGCGAUGAGUUCUCAGUUACCGUAGCGCCAGAAAAUGCCUACGGUGAUCGCAAGACGAAUCUGUUGACCCGCGUGUCAGCCAAACACCUGGGUGUAGAUGCACGAAAAUUGAACGCCGGCAUGGUGCUGCGCAUUCAGACCAAGCGCGGGCCCCAGAUGAUGCGGGUGAUUAAAGCGGGACGAUUCAUGGUGGAUCUGGAUGCCAACCAUCCGAUGGCUGGGUUGACGCUGACGUUUGACAUCAAAAUCGAAGACGUUCGAGAGGCAAGUCAGGAGGAGAUUCGCCAUGGCCAUGCUCAUGGCCCCGGGGGGCCACGAACAUUAGCAGCGUGGCAGCUGAUUGCGGCGCGGACUCCAAGGGCUGGGCAACUGCUCAACCCGUUCUGA